UAAUUUCCACUCAAGAGCACCGGUAAUCGAGCUAAUCAUCAUUUGUUUUUUUUUUCAUUCCAUUUAUGCAUAUAAUAGCAAAGGCAUUGGAAUUUAGGAACUACAGAUUAAUUAAUUCGACGGACCGAUUAAUAGUUACUUUGUUGAGAACAACUACAACAAUUAGAAAUUCUGUUGCUUGUCAUCGUAAGGGAGCAGCCAAAAUGAUGGUUGCGGAUAUCAAAUUCAAUAGUGUCUUAACGCCUUGCGAUCCUCACUACAAGCCCGUGCUUAUCAUUGGUCAAUUGCGUCAUUUGAAUUUGUUAAAAUUUUCGGAUGUCUCCUCUAAAUUAGGUUUGCGUUGCGAUGAGAAGACUUUCAAGAAUGCAAUUGCCAGUUUACAUCCUUCACCAACGGAUAAAUGUUCGCUGUAUCUAGAUUAUGCCACCGUAGCGGCUGUGCCGCUCAAGUGCUCACGUCACAAUACGCCAUCGCGUGCACACGCCAUUAGCCGUCUUGUUAGGACGUACAUUGUGCAUGCGAACGAAGAGAAUGUUGUUAUUGUUUGCGAUCGUAGUGACAUGUUUGCUAGUGCUUGUGCUGUAGCACGCGCUUUUCCUUUGUAUUCGCGAAAAACUGGCGGUACACAGAGUAAUAAAACUGAGAAUUGUUCUAAGGGCAAGGUUGUUAAUAAUGGCGCUGAAGCGGAUGCUAAUGCCGCUUCAAUUAUAAAUGUGGAAUUCAUCAUUAUCGAAAAGGAUGGACAAGUUUCCGAAAAGCCAAUAGAAUCAGCGGACAUCGCUUGUAUUGAAGAGGCGGCUCGUGGUAUACGUCUCGCGGCACGAAUCGUAGAUAUGCCAUGCAAUGAGAUGAACGUUAGUCAUUUUGUGAAGGAAGCUGAAAUUAUAGCGAAAGAGUUGUGUAUUACGCCAACUGUUAUUUCUGGCGAAGAGUUACGUGAACGAGGCUUUGGUGGAAUUUAUGGUGUUGGCAAGGCGGCUGCUGUGCCACCGGCAUUGGUGGUGCUCUCUUAUGAACCAAAAGGUGCACAAGAUACCAUUGCCUUGGUGGGUAAGGGUAUUGUUUAUGACACUGGUGGCUUGAGCAUUAAGAGCAAGACCGCGAUGCCUGGCAUGAAGCGUGAUUGUGGCGGUGCUGCGGCUAUUUUGGGUGCCUUCUAUGCGGCUGUCAAGUGCGGAUUCAAAGAAAACUUACACGCAGUAUUUUGCUUGGCGGAAAAUGCUGUGGGGAGGAAUGCAACGCGUCCCGACGAUGUGCACACUUUGUACUCUGGUCGCACUGUUGAAAUUAACAAUACCGAUGCCGAAGGACGCCUUGUCCUUGCUGAUGGUGUAAGUUAUGCUCACAAGGAUCUGAAAGCUAAUAUUAUUCUGGAUAUGGCCACAUUAACGGGCGCACAGGGCAUAGCUACGGGUAAAUUACACGGAGCCAUACUUACCAACUCCGAGGAAUGGGAAACCAAAGCAUUAGACGCCGGACGUAAAUCUGGUGAUUUAUUGGCGCCAUUAAUUUACUCACCGGAAUUGCAUUUUUCUGAAUUUGCGUCAGCUAUAGCCGAUAUGAAGAACUCCGUUGCGGAUCGCAACAACGCUCAACCGUCGUGUGCUGGGGUUUUUGUUGGCGCGCAUCUUGGUUUUGAUUAUCCUGGCAUCUGGAUGCAUGUUGAUAUGGCACUUCCAGUUUCGUCGGGUGAACGUGCCACUGGUUAUGGCGUAGCACUGCUGCUAACGCUCUUCGGCAACUACACUAAAUGCAAUAUUCUGCAAUCGAUUGCGCCAAACGAAGCGGAACCGCCAUCGAAGCGCGUUUGUCGUGAUUAGGCAACAACAAUGACGGCAUACCCACACCAGCACCCGACAAUGCAAUCCAUCAGAAAACCAAAAGCAUGCAGCGUCUAACCGGCAAACAAGUGCGUCCAGUGAGAGAAAGGAGGAGUUAACAAUGGCAGUCGCCAGUAGUAGGAAAAAGUAAAAAUAAAAAACACCGACAGUCAUUCUUCCUCCACAAUUUGCUGAUUUUUGCAUUGUAUGCUUUCUAUUUUUUAGUAUUUCCUUUCGGUUUUUCGGUUGAGUAUUGCCAAAUUUAUGUAUACUUUGGAGCUCAUUUUCAAUUUCAAUUGUAAACGAUAUUAUUCGCGAAUUCUACUUACUAUUCUUUAUCUUGUAUUAUGCAGGAAAAACAAAACAAAUCAAAAUAAAUGAAAUAUGUACAUA